GACUUGCGGGAGCAAAGAUGGAAGACUACCAGGGCUCGGAGGAGACUGCUUUUGUUGUUGAUGAAGUGAGCAACAUUGUAAAAGAGGCCAUAGAGAGCGCCAUCGGUGGCAACGCUUACCAGCACAGCAAAGUCAAUCAGUGGACCACCAACGUAGUGGAGCAGACUCUAAGCCAGCUCACCAAGCUGGGGAAGCCAUUUAAGUACAUCGAUACUCUGAGCGCAGGGGGGUGGAGCCGGACAGCGGGCAAGAGAGGGCACUCGCGCCCUCGCGAACGCCCGCCGGACUGCAGCGGCGCCGCGGGCCGCCCCGCCUCGGUGCGGAUCCGGGCUCCCUAG